CGCGCGCUUCCUCCUGACCUUUCCAACAUGGCGGCGCCAGCCCCUUAAGGCUCGGACCGGACCUUCUCAAGAUGGCGACCUGCAGCGGCGACACUCCCAAGAUGGCGGCGCGGGCUGUGCUGCCGGACUCGCCUGAGAGGGCGGCCUGACGGCGGGAGGAGACGCUGCCAUGGCCGAGAUCCCGACGCUGCGGCGGGCGACGGAGGCGCUGGAGCUGCUGUUGUGGGCGGCCGGGGCCGCGGGAACAGCUUCAGAGCCCCUCCAGGCAACCCAAAGUGCAGCUCUGCUGGAAUCCUUGAGCUCUCGUGUGGCUGCUUUGGAGGAGAAGUUCAGUCAAGACCCUGAGUGGGGUGAUCUGCGGAGGCUGAGAGCGGAGAUCCACGAGGAGGCGCGGUGGGCUUCCCCUUGCCAAGACACGGCCUGGACUUUCACUGCCCAAGUCUUGCUCCUACUGCUGUGCUUGAAGAGGUGCAUGGUUCUCUUAGCGGCUGGCUACUGCCCACCUCCGCCAGACCCCAAGGCGGCUGAAGCGGCUCCCCCUCUGAGCCCUGACACCCUCAGCAUCUCUCAGGAGAAAACUGUGCAGGCAGCGCUGCAGCUGGUGACCACUCUGGGCCUUUGCCCGUAUCUUUUGCCAGGUGUCGGCCUUUCCCUGAGACACAGGACAGAGUUCAGUGCACUGGUUCAACAAGUGGUCUCGCCUGGUAGCCUUUCCAGUGCCAUGCGCCGGCUUUAUGCCUCCUGCACCAUCCUACUGGAGAUCACACAGCACCCGUCUCUGGGCAGCCUCAUUCUCACACGCCAUCUUGGCGAUCUCCUGGCGGGGCUGUGCCAGUUGGCCUUCGUUCCCAUGAGGAGGAAAGGUGACCAAAUAAAAGCGCAGGAGGAGCGGACGGGCCUGACGGAAGAGGAGCGUGCCCGCUGCAGGGAGGCGUUGCAAGGCCUUUUGGAUCGAGUUUACCAGCCGCUGGUGGUUCGAGAGCUGCUGAUUCUUCAAGGAGGGUCCAAACAGGGGUCUUAUUCUGAUGGGCGUGAGGGUGAACAUCGUCUGGCUCCAGCUCCUUCCUGGCUUCGGCGUCUCUGUGGGCAGCUGCUCUCCGAGAGGCUGAUGAGGCCUGGGGGAGUUCAGGCCGUGGUCCGUGGCAUCCUGGAGGGGGCAGGAGCUGGUGCAGCAGGGGGCAGCAAUGCCGAGGCAGCGGUGGCCGACUGGCGGAAGUGUGACUCGGUUGCCAGGAUCCUUUCGUCUUGUCCUCAGCAGUCCCUGUCUUUAGAAGAUUACUACCGGCAGGUGUGCCCCCAGAUUCUGCAGCUGCUUCUCAUUCGGGAUCAGCUUGUCGCCCGGCAGUUGCAGAGAGUCGCAGUCACAACGGUGCUCACCAUGACGAGAGAACACCCACAGAAGGCAGAGGCGCAUCUCCUGGGGCCCCUGCUGGAACCGCUCCUGCGCUGCCUGGACGGGACAGAGCUGUCUCUGGAAGACCUGCCAGCAGGGACAGUGCUGGUAAAGGAGGAGGAACUCACGAGCUGUGUGGAAAGCAUCUUUAAGGUGUACGUUGCUGAGCACGAUCCUUCGGCCGUGCUGCUGGGCUCCUUACGGCCAGUGCUGGGAGCCAUCUUCUCCCUCUGCUGUUUCACCAAGCAAAACGUCUCUUUCUUGCGCGGCCCCUGCCGGGAGAUCUUGCUGUGGUUCUUGGAGAAGAGUGAGAGGGAAGCGGCCCUGUCCGACCUGGAGAGCCUGGCACGGCUGGGAGGGGCCGCCCGCUUCCUCCACCCGCUUUGCCACUUUCGGGUAGCCAGCGAAGGGGGUGCCGUGAUCGCCAUCCGAGAGGCUGCCAGGGACGAAGAGGAGGAGCUCUAUCAGAAGGUUUCCUCCGAACAGUGGCAGCUGGAGCAGCUGGUGGACUUGCUGACUGGCAGCCCCGAGAGCGGCCUGGCCGGAGACUUCUUGCUCCGUUGCUUGAAGGAACUGACGCAGCUGGCAGGGCAAGGGGAUCCCAAGACGGACUCUGUUUUACUCUCGUGCAAGAGUUCAGUCAGUCUGGAUCAGUGCUGCAACCAGCCUCUCGAACCCCAAGAGAGACAGCUGCGUGUGCUGCAGCUGGUGGCCAUGCUGUGCGAAAGCUCCUCGCAAGCCCUGUUCACAGACGUUUCACAGGUUGUGGAGUUUGUGGCGGCAACCUUGCAGCGGGCCUGUGUGAGUGGAGGCGCGGUGGAGGCCCAGACCCUGAGCAUGGCCAUGGGGUUAGUGGCUGCCAUCCUCGGAGGGGCCGUGCAGCUGAAGUCGGCUGACUUUGUGACCUUGAAGCAACUGGUGCCCCUGCUGGAGGAGGUCGGUCGCCUGCACCCGGAGCCUGUCAUCCAGGAACUGGCCGCUGACCUGCGCAUCGCUAUCUGCACGCACGGAGCCUUUUCCCCCGAGAGCGUCUGCUUGGCGGCUCAGAACACUCUGGGCAAGAGAGUUGCGGGGGAGACGGUGGGCCAGGCGGAAACUGGCAUAAGCCAAGAGCCCCCAGAGCGACCACCAGGGAAGGCAGCUCUGCCCCAGAUGCCAGAAGAGAGCAGAGCAGCCGUCGGUCCUGCUCCCUCGGCCCCUGGAAGGCUUGCGCCUGGGUGGACAGUUGCAGACCAUCUCCCAGGCUCCCCAGCCUUGCAGGAGCUCCUCUUGUCAGCUUAUGACCCUGACAUCCCCUCACGGGCCGCUGCCUUGCGCAGCCUUUCCCGCUUGAUAGAGCAGAGGGACCCCGAGGCGCUGAAGAUUCAGGAGGAACUGCUCAAGGUUUUUGUGGAAGGCUUGGACCACGAAGAUUCUUUUGUCUAUCUUUCUGCUAUCCAAGGUGUGGUUUUGCUGUCGGAUGCUUUCCCCGAAGAAGUUCUGCCCCCCCUGCUGGCCCAGUACCAGCGCGGCCCCCCAGGAGCCCGGAUGAAAGUGGGAGAAGCGCUCAUGCGCAUCACGCGGGGCCUGGGAGACUUGGUUUUCUCAUAUAGAGACCGUUUGAUCCACGUUUUUCUGCAAGGAGCAAGAGAUCACGAUGCCACCCUCCGAGCCAGCAGUCUGUCCAACCUGGGAGAGCUGUGCCAGAUCCUUCACUUUCAACUUGGCUCCGUGGUUCAUGAGGUGACUUCAUGUUUGGCAGCCGUCGUGAAGUCUGAUGGCGAGGUGGAAGUGCGGAGAGCAGCGGUCCAGGCAGUGGUGCUUCUGCUGCGUGGCCUCAGCGAGAGCGCCACCCAGGUUCUCCAGGACGUUCUGCUAGGACUGUACCGCCUGCUGAAGUUUGUGGUGCAGUGCGAGCGAGACGAGGUCACCGUGCUGCACGCACAGCUGGCGCUGGAGGAGCUGGAUGCCAUCAUGAGGCGCUUCCUGUUUCCACCUCAGUCCUUGGAGAAAAAGAUUGUGAUCCUCCCUUAGACAAGCAGGAGGGACCAGACGGGGGGGGGUGUGUGUGUGUGUGUGUGUGUAUGUGUGUGUGUGGAGGGGGUUGGCCUUGCAGGCUGGGGUGCCGGAUGUCAGAGCAGUUGGUCUGGAGCUCUGCUCCUGCGGCCUCUGUUUGGGGCACGGAGUGGCAGCAACGUGGUGGCUACUUCUGGUAUUGACUACAGCAAUAAACAUGACUGAGAAAACCA